AGCUGAAAAGAAAGUCUUUUCUGGAGCAGGAAUGAAGGAAAUGUGUCCCUCAAAAUGAAGAUCUUUCUCAACGCUCCGUUCCUUGCGUUAAAAACCGCAAAGAUUUAUCACCAAAAGGCUCCCAAAUGCCCACAAAAUUCAAAAGGAGAGCUGAAUGUCGGUGUCCACCGUGGCCGUUGUGGUAUGGAGGCUCCAAAACCUGCUUUGAGCCUCCUUGGAGGUGAGCAGAGUGUGGUUUGGAACCAAUUCUUCUCUAAACCAAGAGGGGAAAGGGUUGCGGCACGCGGCGAAGGGGCUCCAAAACUCCUGAGUGCGCAGAUUGGUGCUUUCGAAGCAUUUCCUUCCCCCCUCCCCGGGAGGAGGUGACGGCACUUCACCGCCCCAUAAAUUGGAGCGAUAACCGAAGACGAGAGGAGAUCGGAGAUGUCGCAAUGCGAAGAUGCCUUCGGCACCUAUGAGAAAUGCGAUUUCGCCGAAGGGAUGGAGUUGGAGAAGAAAGAGCAGAAGAAAGCACCUAAAGGAGCCCCGUCCCACCUGCCCUUGUCUCCGGAGAGAGCCAUCGCUCUGCUCUAUGUGCUUCUGGCCGUCGCCUUCGUGUUCUUCAUGGCUCUCACCAUUGUGAAUCUCCAGAGGGUCUCGGCGGUGUGGGAGGAGCUGAAGCGAGCUCGGAUGCACACUGAGAGCAGCCACACCACAGCGUGGUACAACCUCUCGGAGGUCCAGCACAGCCUUGGUCAACAACUCUCUGGUGACCUCCAGGUGAUUCAGGGCCAACUUCUGCGGGUGUCGCGAGAAGUGGAGAACGUGUGGCGGAAUCUGACGCAGUGCAGAGCGGAGUGUGGGGAGGAGUUGUCGGAUCGCCUUCGUGUCCUGGCUGCAGAGAAGCCCUGGCUGGAGGUGGUGCUGCGGCAGCUGACGGAGGUGGAGCAGGAGCAGAGCCGUGCGUUGGCGCUCCUCAACGCGUCGUUGGAGGAGACGCGCGGCCUCUCAGCCCGUUUCGAGGCGCUGCGCCUCCGCGCCGGUUGUCCCACCGGCUGGCAGGAGUUCGCCACGUCCUGCUACUUCUUCUCCACGGACGCCAAACCCUGGUUGACUGCGAGGAACUAUUGCACCAACCACAAAGCCCACCUGGUCAUCAUCGACAACGAGGAGGAAAAUGGAUUUCUGGCAAGACACAUCACGGACAACCAAGUCUUCUGGCUGGGCCUGAGUGACACGGAAAGUGAAGGCAACUGGCAGUGGGUGGACAGACGUUCUCGCUCUUUCUUGUCCUGGAACAACGGGGAACCCAACGACGCCGGCCACGACGGUGAGGACUGUGCCAUCAUCUACUCCAACGGCCGCUGGAACGACAUCGGCUGUUCCAGCAACGAGGCGUGGAUCUGCGAGCAGACGUUCUAACGGUUGCCCCCUGUCCUCCCGCUCACCUCCGCGGGGGCUUAAAAAUGGGCCAAAAUCAGCCAAAAUCGGGCAAAAACCCCCAAGCGCAGGGUGAAAACGCGAGGCUCUGGGGGACAAAAGGUGUCCAACCAUGGGUUCUAAAUCACGGGAUACGUUGGUGGGGAUGGGUGCAACACGUGGUGGAGGGGUUAAACCGCUUGAGGAGGUCCCUUUUUGGGGGGUUUAGAGAUUUUGGGGCUAUUUCUUGACUUUUUGAAAGCCAUUCUUUGGUUAUGCCAAAGGCUUCAAGCAUCGCUCGCCGCUUAAUGAGGAAAGAACGUUAAU